GUCACAGCUGCGUAGCUGCUGGAGUUAUUGAAAAAGACAGGCUGUGAAAAAUUAUAGUCUACAUUGCAUGGUUUUAUUUCUUAUAGAACCCACAUAUAUACGUAAAAAUGCCUGGAAUGAUGGACAAAGGGUCAGAGUAUCUAGGAAAGGGUCGAUCAAACGGAACAAAAAGCCCUUCGAAUGCAUCGAAUGGACAUUUUUCAGAUGAGAGUGGCAGUGACGACGAGCACGAUGUCGGAAUGCGGGUGGGAUGUGAUUAUCAGGCCAAUAUACCAGAAUUUGAUCCUGGUUCUACAAAGUACAGUGACAAAGAUAGUGGGGGAAUGUUAGUGUGGUCUCCAUAUCACACCAUUGUCGACCCAAAAUUGGAUGAAUAUAUUGCCAUUGCAAAAGAGAAGCAUGGAUAUAAUGUUGAGCAGGCACUGGGCAUGCUGUUCUGGCACAAGCACAACAUUGAGAAGUCCCUGGCGGACUUGCCCAACUUCACCCCCUUUCCCGACGAGUGGACGGUGGAGGACAAGGUGCUGUUUGAACAAGCCUUCAGCUUCCAUGGGAAAAGCUUCCACAGGAUUCAACAAAUGUUACCAGACAAAUCUAUAUCCAGCCUUGUAAAGUAUUACUACUCUUGGAAGAAGACUCGUUCCAGAACCAGCCUUAUGGACCGCCAGGCCAGGAAGCUAGCAAACCGAAAUUCCCAAGAUGAAAGUGAUGAAGAAAUGGAGGAGGCCAACCCCAUCGAAGCAAAUGAUAGCGAUUAUGACCCCACCAAGGAGACAAAAAAAGAGAGCCAAACAGAGCCCCAGCCCCUUAGCUCAUCGAAGAUUGGGCUGGGCAGACGGGAGCACCAGACACUCAUGCACCGACAUCACUCACAACGUUCCAAGUGCCGGCCACCCAAAGGCAUGUACUUGACCCAGGAGGAUGUAGUGGCUGUGUCGUGCAGCUCCAGCGCUGCCAAUACCGUCCUUCGGCAGCUGGACAUGGAGCUGGUGGGCCUCAAAAGACAGGUUCAAAAUGCAAAGCAACUGAACAGUGGUCUAAAACAUCGUAUGGAAGCUGGAAUUGAUGACUUCAGGUUGCCAGAGUGUAACCAAAAAGUAAAUGCCCGCUGGACAACAGAUGAACAGCUUCUGGCAGUUCAAGGUGUCCGGAAGUACGGGAAAGACUUCCAAGCCAUUGCAGAUGUUAUCGGUAAUAAGACAGUGGGGCAGGUAAAGAACUUCUUUGUGAACUACCGUCGCCGGUUUAACCUGGAGGAGGUUCUGCAGGAGUGGGAGGCGGAGCAGGGAACUGGUGCGCCCAACGGUGACACUGCCACUUCUGGCGAGGAGGGCAAGAACAGCUCCAACACCCCUUCCGGGAAGAGUACGGAUGAAGAAGAGGAAGAGGUGACUCCCUCGUUGGGCCCUUCUCCCACGGCCCCUUCCUCUGCAACUUCCCAGACCCUGGUGACGUCCUCUGCAACUUCACUUAACCAGCCACCCCCCCUCCUACGGCCCUCCCUGCCGGCCACACCGGCCCUCCACAGGCAGCCACCCCCUCUCCAGCAGCAAGCCCGCUUCCUUCAGCCCCGGCCGGCCCUGAACCAGCCUCCUCCGCUCAUCCGGCCCUCAAACCCCAUGCCCCCACGUCUCAAUCCUCGACCGCCUGCCCCCACCUCAGCACCCACUGCUCCCACCUCCACCACCACAGGGGGCCCAGGCUUCAGCAUCAGCCAGCCGCCGCCCACCUUGGUAGGAAUCCCCUCGGAGAAGCCGUCCUCCUCAUUGCUGCACUGAAAGUCAGGUGAAGUAGUUGCAGAUUCUUACACGCUUUCCUGGUUUCUUACAAAAAAUAAAAUAAUGUAUGUGGUAAUUUCUUUGCUUGUAUUUUUCUUGCCAAUGAUCAUUUAUGUCCCUUAACGGCAUCAAUUGUCAGUUGUUAAGAGGAGAUUGUGUAUAUUAACGAGAAAUGUAAAACCAUUGUUGAGUUUUAACACGUUUUUAUUUUUUAUUGGUUUAUUUUCUUGCAGUUAUUUAUUUGAAAUCACGUUUUGUAAUCCACUCAUCUUUGUAACAGAUUUGAUUAGAUGUAUUGGUCAUGUUAAAGAUUGAAUAGAUGCAUUGAUUCUGUUUGAAAGUGUUGCCUCAAUGUACAGAAUAUUUAAAAAAGUGGCAACAUUUGCAAGCAGUACAUACAGUGCCUGUGGGAAACUAUACAGACUCCUUCACUUUAUCAACAUUUUAUGUUAUAGACUUUUCACCCAUCAAUCCAUAUAUUGACAAAGCAAAAGCUAUUGUUGGCUUUGAUUGAAAAUGACAACAAACUGAAAUAUCUCAUGAUAUUUAGAGGCAUAUCCAAGAAUACUUCAUCCUCUGAAUAGUGCCAAAGUUGCUUCUACAAAGUACUGAAUAAACAGUCUGAAUACUUGGAAAUGAGUACACGAGGCACAAGUUUAUAAAAAAUGUUUUUGCUUUGUUUUAAUAUGGUAUGUAGAUUGAUGGGAAAAAGUCUAAAACAACUGUGAAGAAAGUUUUGGGGUCUGAAUACUGUCUGACUGCACUGUAUAAACAAAAGGUAUAUUGAAGACACUAUAAUGGACAAUACACCACUACUACAAAUUAGGUGGCAUUGCCAUAUUGCAGUUGGGUUUGUAUUUGUGUGUUUGUUUUGCUGUCAUGCAGAUAUUUGCUCUUUCAGUGAAAAUAGAAGUGGUUGUUUAUCUUUAUAUAAGCAUUAUUUAUUUUUCUACUUGGUGCUAUGGACGCUAGACUGAUUUUUUGCCUAUGUCCAGUACAAUAACCAUUGUGUAAGUGCUCUUACACUUCUAGGACAGAGAACUGUAUUAACAAGAUUGAUUUUAUCUAAACUGGAAGAAACUUGGAAACAAUUUUUUUUUUUUAAAUGUACGUGAUAUUAAGCUAUGAUGGAUAUAUCACUGUCAUGAAAUCAUUUGUUAUAGUCAUUGAGCCAUGUUUUAUGGAAUUUGAUUGUUAUAUUGAUUUUCUGUUAGGUACAUUUAAUACCAUUUCAGAAUUCUUUAACUUUCUUUGUACGUUCUGUUGUUGGGUUACUUUUAAACAUUCAGCAUCAUGUUACUUAUGAAUUAUGUGUUAAUGGUCAUACAAUUCCUAUAGUUUAAGAUGUGGCAUAGUCAGAUUUAAAUCUAAAUAACAUUUUGUUAUUUUGUGUGGUGUCUAAUUGUGUCUCUAGAUAUGAUCAUUUGUUUGUACCAAAUUUUUGAAUUAAUCAGUGCCACUUCAUUAUGGUGGGUUGCAAGUUUCCAUGUUGUCCAGAAAUCCUGGUUGGAUUCAUCCUGAAAUUGGGAACAUUUCUUGAAUUGUGCCUGAUUCUAAACAAUGAAGGAAGAAAUGGGCUAAUUCCCUACCAUAUAUGGUACAAGCUUUCAGCCAAACAUGUUGUGAUAACAUGUCAAUAAAUGUUUUUAAAUGGAAACUUCAAUUACCGUUAAGACACUAACAUACUAAAUCAUCCUUUCCUGUGGAAGUAAUGUCCAGAACUGUUGUGUAAUAAUGAACACAGAAACAUGCAUCUUGCAAACAGCAUGACAUUCACACUAUUCUCUUAUCUUCCAUGUUAACCUUAUAUCUUGUUUUCUGUGCUUGCCAUCAUUUCUGUAGGAUUUCUUGUUGCAUUUGUAGCUCUCUUGAUGUCCAUGUAAGUGUCUUUCCCAAAAAAAAUCAUGUAAAAUGUGUUUUUUCAUUUUUAUUUUUCUAUGAUAUUGUGAUAUUAAAUUAUUACAUUUUCCUGCCUGCUUAAAUUGAAAUCAAUAUUGCCCUAAAUGGUGGCCAAAGAUGAAGCAAAUAAACCAUUUAGAAAUGUAAAUGUUGCUCCAUAGUUGUUCCCGUUUCUAUUGUAGGCUAUUUGACUUAGCCUAUUAACCUAAAUAAUUGUAGCAGCAGCGUUCAGGAUGGUUGCUGAUAAUUGCCAGUAAAUGUUUUUUACUUACAAAAUCAUCAAGAUUUAAUAAAAAUGCUGGAUACUUGUAAACAGCGGAAAUGGUAAACCGCUAUAUAGCAUAGGCCUAUGUAAAUUAUUCCUCGAUUUAAACGUGCAUGUAAAACAAAAAAACAAAAUAAGCUGUGCUUUUUAUGGUCUUGACACGAUAUUAUGACAUUUUAUUUUGUAAAUACAGUAUGACUACAUUCAAAA